GAAAGGCAAGACGGGAGAUGUAGUCUGCGAAGUUUUACAACAUGGCGUCCUUUCAAGAAAGAGUUCAGGGUAUUUAGUGGACUCAAUCUCCCGCGAGCCUCUGCGGCAGGGAUUCCCAUUGGGAGCAAUAAGGCCGUUCCGCGCAAGGCCUGACGGGAGACGGAGUCUCGUCCUCUCUGAGGGAAAGCGAGCACGAUGGCGGCGCCGUCUCCUUCUCCCUCGGCGGGGCCCGAAGAAGCGUCGCCGGCAGGGCUGCAGUACAGCGUGCUGCUGGAGCACCUGGUCGGGGAGAAGCGCGGGCCUCGUCCCGGCCUGGAGACGGCGGCCUUGGCCUUGGCGGGCUUCCCUUCGCCGGCGAAGAGCGCCGAGCAGAAGGCGGUGGAGCGCGCCAUGGAGAGCUGCGCCUUCAAGGCCGCUUUGGCCUGCGCGGGAGGCUUUGUUUUGGGGGGUGCCUUCGGAGUCUUCACGGCCGGCAUUGACACCAACGUGGGCUUCGACCCCAAGGACCCCCUCCGCACCCCAACCGCCAGAGAGGUCCUCAAGGACAUGGGGCAGCGAGGGAUGUCCUACGCCAAGAACUUUGCCAUUGUGGGCGCCAUGUUCUCCUGCACCGAGUGCCUGGUCGAGUCGUAUCGAGGGAAAUCCGACUGGAAGAACAGCGUCAUGAGCGGCUGCAUCACUGGAGGAGCCAUUGGCUUCCGGGCCGGUGCCAAAGCGGGUCUCCUGGGCUGCGGGGGCUUUGCUGCGUUCUCCGCCGUCAUUGACUACUACCUGAGGUAGCGUGAGCCAUCUUUCGUGCCAACAGACGGGACGGCUUCCCAAGGAGACGCAUCCCAUAGGAAGAAGCCAGCGCCUCCGCUUGCCUGGGUCUCAUUCUGCCAAAGGUACAAACGGAUUGGCGUGGGGCUGAGCUCUGCUCAGUUUUGUGGAUUCAGGAGAAACAUCAGGACUCGCUUUUCCCCCAGAGGUGAAAUUAGCGACCAAUACAGCCACAACUGAGCUUUGGAGGCGGUUGUUGUGGGUUGAAUCGGAAUAGAGAUCGACACACGGGACAGACGCUCCCUUAUUGUUUGUGGGUGUGUUCUUGUUUGAGAUGUUGGUUUGUUCUCUGUGUGGCUUUUGCAACCAAGUGGGAGGGAUUGGGACCCUCCCAAGAGGGGAAAGCAUCCAGAAAACAGAAUGAAUAUGGUUUCCUAUUCAA